AUGAAGUUUGGAAAGGCCCUCGAGACAAACGCAGAGACAAUGCCAGAAGGCUGGCGGCCAUACUUGAUCCAGUACAAGGCACUCAAGAAAAAGAUCAACGCCAUCGUCAAGGAACUCGACGACCGAGGCCUCCCCUCCCCCAUCAUCAAAAACCUCCUCUCCCAAACCCUCUCCGGCGACAUGCAACGACUCGAGUACUCUUUUGACGAGGACAAGAAGCACUUGAGGACUCACAUCAAGGUCGUGCUGGAUGACCUCACUCCAGGAACAGAGGAUGGUCUGCCCUUUGGCCCCAUGCCACUCACACAGGAGGAGGAGCAGCUCUCGAAACUGUUUGCCCACGAACUCGCCUUCCUCAACAGCUCCGCCUCGUCAUCUUCAAGCGAUCUGCAGGAGCAAUUGGCCCAUGAUCAAAACGGUAGUGAGCACGACUUGGAGGACCAGGACCAGGAGGGCAAACCUAACACCGGCUUGGAGGAUCUCUUGGACGAUACGACGUUGUCAGAAACCUCUGAAGAGACUUCGGUCGGCGACGAGGACCGCAGCAGUGCGGGGGACAAAGAAUUGUUGGAGUUCAACAGUUCGCCGUCGUCUCCAUUAGCGACCCCAUCGCCAACCUUCAGUCAUGGGGCAAGCACGCAGCUGGCUGAAUUGACCAACGACAUCAACAGCGAUCAGGCGCCUUCAAUAGAUCAUUUUCAGGCCUUUUCUACAGAAUUUGCUGCUGACACAUCGUCAACAUCCUCACCAUCGUCGGAAACAUUGGAGAUACUCAUCACCCCUGGAGCUGCUGCUGGAAACAUUGAGAAUGUAGGCAACUCAAGGAUCUUGACAACAGAAGAAGAUGGCAAAAGGGUGCUGGUGAUUGAGCUGACGGCCGACACGGCGUUCUUUGACCAAUUGGGCGAAGAGGUCUCGCAGCUGAGCAAGCUGCAACAGGCCAACAAGUUAGAAUUUGAGUCCAAAGUCAACGAUCUGAGCAAGAUCUUGACCGUUGUUUCGUCGCCUCACAACAAGGACAUGUACACCUGGAGGGAGAUUUUGAAGAUAUAUUUGGACGCGCAGGUCUUUGUGGGCGACCAGGAAACGGAUCGGUCGACUCGAUCGUCCGAGAAGGCACAGACACAACUGCAAUGGUUCUUGAAGGAGAUGGAUCGGAGCAAGUUGACACAAAAAUUCAAGCAGUCAAAGUCCAAAAUUGCGUUCAACACCUUCUUCCAGCUCAACUCUGAGUUGAUUACGAUGAAGCAGUUCAAGGAGCUCAACCAAAUGGCUAUGACAAAGAUCUUGAAAAAGCACGACAAGCGGACUAAUCUCAGUGCGAGCUUGGGAUUCCCAAAGCAUCUGCAGAAUGAGCCGUUCUACAGCGACAACAUCUCAAAGUCUUUGACAUACACCAUCGGCAACCAGCUGAUCUCCAUCAUCCCCCAGCCCGACGACUACUCUUGCCCCAUCUGCAUGUCGGUGGCGUGGAAACCAAUCCGACUAAACUGUAAACACGUCUUCUGUGUCCGCUGCCUGAUCAAAGCCCAACGGAAGCGCAUGGUCCACUGCCCAGUCUGCCGCCAAACAAACUCUGUCUACGAAGCCGACGCCUCCAACCUCGACGUCUCCAUGAUGAACUUUUUGAAACUCUACUUCCCCAAGGAGAUCAAGGAGAAGCGGAAAGAGUCUUCAAAGGAGCAGGCGGUCGAGGAGAUGGAGGCUUUGACGGGGCGCCGGUUCACGGAUAAUCCGGAUCCUUGUCUUAUCAUGUAG